AUGAUUGAAGGUGAGCAUACAGUGGGAGAUACAAAUAGAGGAACGAGAAAAAGAAAAAUAAAUACUACCUCAAAAGAACGUAAGAGAGAAAUAAGAUAUUCAAAUUUAGACCCAGAUUUACUGAAUUUUAAAAAUAACUGCGACCAUAGAUCAAAAAGAUUUGAAUGUAUGGAACUUUUGUUGGCCGACAUAAAAAUCAUUGGACAGAACUUCUACAAUGACGAAAAAAAGAACAAAAAUGCGCAGGAUAACAAAUUAGCUCAGAUGAUGAAUGUAAAGGAAAUAAAAAGGCAAAGGAAGAGAAAGAAUGGAAAAUCACACGAAUUUCACACAGAAUUUUAUGUUUGGCAUAAUAGGAAAAAAGUCUUUGUUUGCCAAAAAUUAUUUUCAUCCAUUUUUAAUUGCGGCCCAAGAAGAAUUCAUACAAUAGUAAGAAAAAAGAUGCAAGGCAUUGGUAUAAAAGACAAUCGUGGUGGGGACAGGAAGUCCAAGAAAAAUGCACUCAAACUAGAAAGUGUCAUGAAGUUUUUAUCGUCUUUGAGGGGUCAUGAAAGCCACUAUGGUAGAGGCAAGUCUAGAAGAAUCUAUUUGUCAUCUGAAUUAAACAUAAAAAAACUCUGGAAGAUGUAUAAUCAUCAAGUUCAAGAUGAUUCACUCCAAACAAACUACAACGAUGCUGAACUGGAUAUUGCAAACAACCUUCUGGAAAGUGAAGAUGACAUCGAGUUAAAAGUUUCUGCACAGGAAGAUGACCCAAAAGUAUCGCGAAAUGGCAUAGGUGAAAGUUCUUCAGAUGAAAGUUCGCCUGAAGAGCCUCUAGAUAAUUCUGGAAAUAUUUCACGGCAAUCCCCAGUUCUAGUUGCACUCCCUGUUACACCCUUAAUAAAUAGGCCAACCAGAACUGCUGACUCUUGGAUGGAGAGUAGUAAGAAAGUCCUUUAG